AUGUUUGCCAACAUCAUGGAGGACCAUGGAUUGUUUAUAAAAGAGCUGAAUCCCUGUGUAAAUGAAGGAUAUGUACAAUCUUAUUUUAGCGCAUGGGGCAAAGUCACCGCAUGUAAGAUUCAGAAGGGCCUCAACUCGGAGGAAGAUAAAGCAGUCGCCUACGUGAGGUUUUCUACAGAAGAUGAAGCAGACAGAGCAGAAUGGGCUGGUCCUCACUUCAUUGGAGGCGAUGUGGAAGUGAAACGAGUUGUAAGUCCAAAGAUGGAGGCUUCAGAGGAGGAGAUCGCCACAGUCGUGGGUAAACCGUGAUUGUGGAGUUAAAUAAGUUUGGGCUACAAACUGGAAGAUGAUCAGUGAUUAGAUGGUUGAAUAAACAAAUACUGUGAACUUUAAAAUUUAAAGUUUAAAAUUGUACAUUUUCUGCACAUUCAUUUAGAGAUGCUUAAACCAAUGCUAAUAAAAACUGAUGAAGCUGGGCCACCAUGCUGUGAGGAUAAAGCAUGGAUAAAAAUAUUCUGUUACCUCAAAGGAAGGAAGGAAGACACAAGGAUAUAAUAGAUAUUCUCCAACUCAAGUGUCUUAUUUUCCCCUCUCUGCAAAACUCUACACCUAUUUCUUUAUCUGUUUAUAUAGACUUAUGUAUGGUUUAUUUACAGGAACAGUUUGACUUGUAUAUAGUAUGUAUGCUGUCCUUUGUUGCUUUUCAAAUGUUGCCAAUUUAUGUACAUGUCUAUUUGUUCAGCAACUUGUUGUAUGUACAUGCAGCUAUGUUCAGCGUUGUUGUCUUUUUGUUUGUAGUUGUAUGUCUAUUUCUAUUUAUCUUCCUGUAAAAUGUUCUUGGAGCUGUGUGAGUACAUUAAGAGCAACUUAAAACUGGAGUAAAAUCCCUUGUAUGGCUAAUAAAGCUGAUUGUAAAUAUU